AGGGCGCAGGCGCCGCCCCUCAACCCGCCUCCAAGAUGUCGUCGUCCCUCAGCGGGAUGUUUUCGGGUCCCCCGGCGGGGCCGCCGCCGCCCCUGCCCCUGCCCUUGCCCCUGCCCCUGCCCCUGCCUCUGCCCGGCCCGCCCGGACUCCUCCCCGCGCUGUCCGGGGGCCCCAGAACCGUCCUGGCCACCUUGGUGGACGAGCUGGAGGCCUCUUUCGAGGCUUGCUUUGCUUCACUUGUGAGCCAGGACUACGUCAAUGGUACUGAUCAGGAGGAGAUUCGAACUGGUGUCGAUCAGUGUAUUCAGAAGUUUUUGGAUGUUGCAAGGCAAACAGAGUGCUUUUUCCUUCAGAAAAGAUUACAUCUGUCUGUCCAGAAACCAGAGCAAGUUAUUAAAGAGGAUGUGUCAGAACUAAAGAAUGAAUUACAGAGGAAAGAAGCACUGAUCCAAAAACAUUUGGGAAAGCUUCGGCAGUGGCAACAGGUGCUCGAAGACAUCAACGUGCAGCACGAUGUACCUUCAGAAAUGCCUCAGGGACCUUUAGCAUACCUCGAACAGGCUUCCGCCAAUAUUCCUGCACCCAUGAAGCAAACGUGAUCGAUUUCCCAAUCUAUUUCUUAAAGCGAAUAGAGUAAAUUGAAAACGAAAUCCUUCCUUGUAUACUUCGUAAUUAAAAUGGAAGAAAAUAUUUUAUUUGGGAAAAAGUGAAGGUAUUUGGCUGAAAGAAAUACUUUGGUUUUGGGCACCCAGAAGCUAGCAGUUUCUUGAUAGUAGGCAAUGUAAAACUCACAGAAUUUUAAAAAUAUUAAAGUAAAUGUGAGUUAAAUUUUAAGUUAGGUUUACUUUGCCACUUAUUGUUCUUUCAGUUAUACCUUUUUUAAAGCCAGCUAUUUGGGCACUUGUUCCCAACACCGUCAUUCAGUGAUUCUAUUUUUUUUGAAAAUCUCAGGUGGUUGAGUGGACCAAAUUGAUGAUUAUUCUUUUUAAAUUGAGCGUUAUUACUCCUUUACCAAAGACUUUGAGUUAAAAUGAAUGAUCUUCAGACUAAUGAUCCGAAUUGCUUUCAAACUUUAGUUCAGCCAGGAUGUGAAUAACUGGUAGGAUUCUCCAGGCCCUUAGCCUCUCCCCUUUAUCUGUCUGCCUUUUGGGUCUUAGGGCCUUCACAAAGAGCAAACAGGUGAAAUUCAAAUGACUGGGUUUUAUUUUUCGUCAUCUUUAAAUACUUGCUGAGAAAAGAGCUUGAGGCUGCUGAGGGAUAAUGAUGGUUUUGGGUUAUUUGUGCAUUUGUUUUUUCAGCUGAACUCCACCGAUUGUGGAUUAUCAAGACUCAGCUGUCUUAUAGCUACACGAUAGACCGGUUGUACUUUAGGUUUUGCCCCUCUAAAGUUUCAGUUUGAGUUGAAAAAUCCAAAAAAUUCUGCAAAUCAUCUGGCCGCCUUUUAUAGCACUUAAAUGCAUUCAUCAUCUGAACUGUUUUUGAGCAAAUUCAAACCUAGGCAUUUCUGGGAAUUAACCGUCCAGUUGUAUUUUUACUGAAAAUGAAUGCAGCAGUUGAAGGGAGGGAGGCAUCACCGCCUUAUUAAUUUAACCAGGCAGAAGAGGGCAAGAAAGAGAGCCAGUGGCUACACGCAAGACCCUCAAACAAAAGCUACAGAUCGGGUUAUGGGUGUCACCACCACUGAACCACACUUUGGUGUUCUGGAGAUCAAUCCUCCCGCCGAGCCACAACACACACACAAACGCACGCACCUACCUACCUUCUACCAUCAGCUUCAGGGCUAGUUGUAAGGAGGGAAUGUGAGGGCAGGGUCCUCGCUGACUCUAUUGCCUUAGCAAAUGACUUCAUUCCUCUCUGGGCCUGUUUCUCUGUCCUAAUGCUUGUUGUCCCCUUUUCAUCUCAAAGAUGGUGGGGGAUUAUUACAUGGUGAAAUUCUUGGAACUUUGAAUUGCUGGAUACAUUUUGGUUCUGAACAUAUGGCAUCUGUCUCAAGGAAUGUAAGGCUUAGUGGCACGUUGGUAAAUACUUUUGUCCCCUUAGGACGAUGCUGUGUAUUUUUUUUUAAUUCAUCUACAGAAGUAAAAGGAUUUUAAAUCCUA